CAAAACUAAUCUUUAUGGUAAGUCAACCGAUUUAAUGCUCAUCUCAUUUACAAUUUUCACCAGUCACCACAAGGAAAGUUUUUCUUUGCUUUUUAUUUCUCAUGCUGAUUGCUAACUUGCUGAAUCAGUCCUGAUUCAUCAUCAUGAAUUCUCAUGAAUUAUUUAUAAAUUAAAUCAUUUGAUUUUCAAAAUUCAACUUUCACUUCGGUUUACAUUUCAUGUUAUCAACUCAAACAAACUGGCAAUCUGUCAUCAAAUAUAUACACGACACGUAACACGUAUAUACUACCAACACUGUACAUUAUAUUUAUAUUAUAUUGAAUUUGAAUAAUGCAUGAGGUCAGUGACUCAGUGUUCAGGAGUGUGCCUGGUCUGCCUGACACUGACAGCCUGUAGUGUUGUAGGCUGUGAACCUGUGGUCAUUGGACAUUGGGUCAUAUUCCAGAAAACAUCCGGCAUACCACCCCCACGGAGGAAAUAGGAUGUUAACCCCCCUACCCCCUUCAGAUGUCUAGCUAAUACAUUUACUAUUAACAGAAACAAUUUUUUCUACCCUCCCCCUCGGGACGGCAGAAAUUUCCUCCAUGGGGGGAGUAUGGAUCUUUUCUGGAACGACCCAUAUUUGUAAUUUGUAAAUAUCAAAUUCAAAAUUAGUAAUAAACUUUUGUUGUUUUGUAAUUUGGAAUUGUACAGAAGAGCAAUAACAAAGAGUCAGAUGGUCUUGCAGCUGGUCUUGAAAAAAAUCAAGCUAAAUUUUCAAUUUUCUUUAGAUUUUUUUAAAAAUAGAUUUUAUAAUAUUAAUAUUAAUAGCAGUAGUAAUCAUAAUAACAAUAAUAGUAAUGGUAAUAAUAAUGAUAAUAAUAAUAACACUAAUAAAAAUAAUAAUAACAACAAUAAUAACAACAAUAACAAUAAUAAUAAUAAUAACUUGUUUAUAAAUUUACAAGCCAAGAUUGAUUGUCUGUCAUGUCUGACUCUGACCGACUCAUUAGUAUCAUCUUUAAAACAAAGGUUUCUAGUAUAUAGAAUGCAGAAUGGAAUAAAAUAUGAUAAGUUCUUUGAAAUGGCGAACCACGAACUCCAAUUGUUUCCUGUCCUGCAAAGACAAGACACCGGAUGAAUACAAAAGCUUGUUGUAUAUGAAUUUUCAUGUCCGGGUUGCCAAAGCAACUACAUUGGUAAAACAGGCCGCUGUCUAUACACUCACUGUCAGGUGUCUUAAAGAGCAUAGCACACGAGAAAACUCGGAAAUCAACGCCCACACCAACUGUUGCGAACAUUUUCAGCACAUCAAAUCCCUUAUGGAACUUUCACCUGACUUAACUAACCCUAUAAACACUAAUUUAACUGAACUAAUAUUUAGGAACUGUAAAAUAAUUGAUAGGUCAGACCACUGGUCUCUGUUGUUAUUUAAGGAGUCUCUUGCUAUACGCAGACGAAAACCUGAUCUCAACCACGGUGCGAAAUUAGCUUCCAAAGAACUUAUCAUAUUUCAUGUACUAUUUAAAGCUCCGCCUUUCUUGGCUUUAUAAUAGCUGCAUCUGUAAUUUUACACUAUUCUUAAUCCUGAGGAUGACUACAAACAGUAGCAUAGCCAGCCCGACGAUUUAGUCCCGCUAUGCAAAUAUUUUCGUGUUCAACGACUGUGAAAACAAUCAAUUUCUAAAGAAAUGAAUAAUGAUAAUAAUUUUGAAUUUGCAUAGCGGGACUAAAUUGUCGGGCUGGCUACGCCACUGACUACAAACUAGUCGAAACGUCGAUUAAAAAUCAAAAUGUUAUUCGGAGUUACUGUUAUUUUGUAUUUUCUUAAAAUACUGAGUGGUUCCCAUAAUUAUUGUAAUGAGAUGUGUUUACUAGUAUUAUAAUAUAUACACCGUGGAUACAUGUCCCAAUUACUCCCAACAUCUUAUGACUAUUUAUGCAAUACAGUAUUAUGCAUGUGUAUAUGGUAGAUACAACAUUCACGUUUUUGACAAUAAAUUACUUGAACUGACUAUAGUACCUUAGUAAUAGAACCUAGUAAUUUGGCAGAUAAAUCUGCUGCUGCAGCUGAAAUCAACAAGGGAAACAGUGAUAAAUAUAGUUUAAAUAUUCAAACCUUUACAAAAUUAUGGGAGUCUAAGUUUCUCCUGAGUUUUAGUAACAAGUUUAGAGCAGACAUUACAGAUCUCAAAUUUUGAGGCUAUAUGCACCCACAAAAAUCUUAUUUCUAACAAAAUUCAAUCUUGGUCUUAUUUGUUAGAUAAAACAGGCAAGCCAAAACGAAAAGGCGACCAAACACCAGAUAAAGUUGCAACACCUGUGCCGUCCUCAGCAGGAGUAGUGGAUGACAGCGGCCAGGGCAAUCAAACAAUCACCAAUGUAUUAUCUGGGGAAGACAUUGACUCACUUGCUGUCAAUAUGGAAGAGCUACAAAAGGUUUCUGACGUUUUUUUGUCAUAAUUUUCAUUUGCUCUUUCCAUUUUAUAAGAACCUUUUAUAAGCAAAAUUUUAAGAAUACUCUAAGGAUAUCAGUUCAAGUUUGAGAUUUUCUAAAAAAGUUAUUAUUUUGCUGUAAAAUAUUAAAAUUGUAAUUAAUUAAGGAUCAAGUUUAUUGAUAAGGCAACGUGUUUGAAAUCUUUGUGAUACAAUUAGCAGGGUGUUAUAAGCCAGAGAAAAAAAGUUUUGUCCGUUAAACAUAAAUUGGGAAAAUUUUUUUGACCGAUCAAGUCCCUGUGUAGGAAUAAAUAGUGUUUUUUUCCAACGUGUUUCUCCUUAGAUGCAAACAACGGUAGCUUGGUUUUGUACAUUUCAUUUCCGGUGAAUGAACACUGAAAAAUGCACCCGAUGGUACUUCGUUUUGUAUAUUUCAUUUUCGGUGAAUGAACACGGAUGCAUACCGAUUACACUUUGUUUUGUACAUUUCAUUUCAGUGAAUACACACCCAAUAUGAGUGAAACGCGUUACAUUUUGAGAAAAUAGUUAAUGGGAAAAAGUAAACAAAACGUUCUUUGAUAUAAUAAUAUAAAAUCAAACGCAAUGCACUUUCUCAUCAGAAAAAAUGAAAAUCUUCCAGUAGACCCAGUUGGGAAAGCCGCUUAGCUACUUCAAUUGGGAAGAGUCCGUCAAACGGACAGUAUAUGGGCUAGCUAACACCCUGAUUAGCAACUUCAGGCUUUAGUGGCGCAUUGCCAAAGCAAUGGCACUUAUGUGACAACAAUCAGUCAACACUCUACCGAAAGUUGUGGGUUUUAUCUGGGUACGCCAGUGCCCCCCUGAAGGGAAUGUCGACUCUUCUACCAUGCCGGAUUUUGAGGGGAGGUGCAUACCUCAAAACAGUGGAGCACAGAUUUUGGCUUAAAGGACAUUGGCAAUAAAAAAUUGGUUUGUCUUAUUCAAAAGAACUCUUAAAAUUAUAUAUUAAACUCUAUUACCGAUUUGUCAUAUCUUGCUUAGUUCUCAAAUAUCGCCAUCUUGUACUAAUUCUUGACACUCAUUAACUAUGGUUUUGAUAACGUCGGGAGUUGGGUUAACCAUAUAAAACUACUAGUCUGAAAAAUUGUUUGAAAUGUUUUUAAUCAUUUCUAAAUUUCAGACCGCAGCCAGAAACGAAGUUUUGGACCCAUAUUGAUCGCUUACUCUCAAGAUAAAAAAUAGCGUGGCCCCUCUCUUGACGUAACAUGCAUAUCCUCAAUAAUCCAAGAUGGCGAACAGCUCAUUUUUUUCAAUCGAAAUAUUUUGAAAACUAGGCAAGAUAUAAACAAUCUGUAAUAGAGUUUAAUAUAUAGUUUUAAGAGUUCUUUCAAAUGAACUAAACUGAUUUUUAUUGCCAAUGCACUGUUAAGUAGGAUAAUUACCAAUUAAAGUACAUGGGUAUAUAGUUUAUUUAAUCCAUUAAUGUCCAACACUUUUCUUUUAAUACUGAAUCAGCAAUUUGACAAUUAGUAAAUGACAAUGAAAGUUGGACUAGUUAAUGAUCGAACAAUAUAAGAAAUUCCAAGUGUCAUUGCUAUUUAUAGAACAGACCACCGAAACGUCCUAUGGUAGAGAGGACAUCACGUCAGGUGACUGUGAGGAAAGCUGUCAAGUUGAAAGAUGGAUCAAAUGCUGAAGCAAGGAAUGGAAAAACGUAAUAUGACAUGUUAAAUUAAAUUUAGUUCAAAAAGUCAUUGGUGUUUUGAACAGUAGCGUAGCCAGCCAGACGAUUUAGUUCCGCUAUGCAAAUAUUUUCGUGUUCAUUGACUGUGAAAACAAUCAAUUUCUAAAUACUUUUGAAUUUGCAUAGCGGGACUAAAGUGGCGGACUGGCUACGCCAGUGGUUUUGAAAUGUCAUAAUUAUAUAACAUCGUGCAGCAGUUAAACACCCAAGUGGCAACACAUUUUUCACCCAUUAAUUCAAAAUACCAUUAAAGCUUUUAAAUCUUAUGGGUGCGCGGAAAUACCAGAUUUAUUUCGAGUGUUGAACAUGAUAUCUCAUGAGUGAGCGCAGCGAACGAGUGAGAUAUCAUGUUCAACACUGUCAAGCAAAACAUGUUGACCGUACAUACGAGAAAGUAAACUUGUCAAGGAAAAUUUGCUCUAAAAUUUCUACAUGGCUGAGGGCUUUUAUUAUUAUUCUGGAUUUUCUGCAUGAACCGUUUAUCGUUAUUCAUUAUUCCGCUGUAUAUUACCUUUUCUAGUGUGACAGUAGCCCAUCGUGCAAAAACAGAUUCAGAGUUCAACGGUUACGAAAAAUUAGGUAUACGCAUUCGUUUAAUUUCAUUUACGUGUUGCGCCUACAUUGUUAAUUUACUCUGUUUGAGUAUACGAGAAAAUAAUUCCAGGAAACAAAGAUCCUUGUAUUGACGACACAACCCCUUUCUACGAACAUCAUAUUCUCGGAACGUUGCAAGAAUUCAGAGAACAAAAUGGAAAAAGUCUUCAGUCUAAGGUGAAAUACUGAUCAGUUUUCCUCUAAUUCCUCCGUAUACAUGUAUCUUUGUACGCCACGGACUUAAUAAGCAUAUUUUGGGUUCUUUAUUUCAGAAAAUUCCCAUGUCACAUAAUGAAAAGGUAACACACAAUAUUCCUUAUAUACAUACACGCUCGAUGUAAGACGUCAUAGGCUGAAGAGCGUUUUGAUGUACAAAAUUCUUAAUGAGCAGUCCGCUCCAAGUCUUAGAGAAAAAUUUAUAAAAAUUAAAGAUCUUAAUAGAGAAUAUAAUCUUCGAAGUAACGAUACUGAUCUAGCUCUUCCAAAACCUAAAACAAACUAUCUUAAACGAAGUUUUAAGUAUACAGUGGUGCUAUGCUGUAGAAUAGUCUUCCUUCUCAGGCGAAAAAGACAUCUUCGCUUUACCAAUUUAAACGCAGUAUGUCCACUAUAUCAGAGACUUAGGAGAACAAUUUGCAAGUAUAACACGCGAGUUAAAAUAGUUUGCAAGUAUAACACGCCCCAUCUGAAAAUCAACAGAUUGUAUUUUACAACUAUGUUGUGUAUGGCCAGCGUGGCUAAAUAAAUCUGUAAGUAAGUAACACUGGGCUUAAAAUAGUAUUUUAAUUUUCACGCUGGUCAUGGCGAGAGGUCAGUUCCAUUUGGUCCUGAUCAAACGGAAAUCUUGAUUUUUAUGUGUGGAAACAAGACCUUAGAACGCAUUUGAUUGGUUAAUCGUGGAGAUUAAGCGCACAUGAUUGGUUAAUCUAGUGGCAGUGAAAAUCUGAACCUCAACUGCACAUCCUAGCUACACCGCAUUAAAGUAUUAUUUCUGAAAUGUUCUUGUAUUUCUUUUAACCAGACGUAUGUUCCUGUACCAGCGACCAAAGUGGUCAAGGGCAGAACCUUCCCAUCUCACAUCUAUAAACCUCACGUAAGACAUUUCAUUAUGGUUCAUUUAUAGAUAAAGAUAUUAUGUCCCAGAUGCUAUUUAAUGUUCCAGGUGGUACUAGCUUUAAGAGAGGUCCUGAAGUCUACUAGGUCCCAUUUUCUAGCCCAAAUUUUCUCUAAAUCCCAUUACCCAGUCCUUCUUUUAGAUCAAAUCCCAGUUUCACUGUGAAAUUAAAAUUGGCGAAAGCUGUUGCGUGUUCCCUGCCAUGUGACUGUUCUGUAAAUGUUAAAAAUGUAAAAUGUAAAUAUAGUGUGAUAGAUGUAAUUGGCGAAGUUUAAUAAAUUAAAUUAAUUAAAUUAAAAGAAAAUGCCAGAGCCGGUGGUUCGCCAACGUGAUGACUUUUAAACGCGAUAGUGUCAGUCAAGGUAUAAUACGACUGACUUACAACCAUAGAUAUCUUAUAUACACUAGAUAGUGCAUAUAUGCGGUUUUCCUGCUUGUCAGUUUGGGGCGGCACUCUCGCUGCGAUGGUAACUCUUAGUUAAGUUGUUUUUUACCAUUACCAGUGGCAUAACGGAGGAAUAGGGGCCCUUAGGCAUAUUUGAUGUGGGCCCCCCUGGUAACUGUUAUCAUUGUUUGACUGAGAUAUUAUACACUUACAAGCACGAUCCAAUAAAAAGUUUAGGGUCGGGAUUUCGACGUCCAAAAGCUAGGUAGGGUCGGGAAAUCGGAAACCCCCAUAUUUUUUUUGCCCUAACAGUCUCCAACUCAUGCAACAACUAAUAAGAAUAACGUUUCUUUUAUUUGAGAUGGAAUAAAAGAAUCAGCUACCGUUGUCGAUGGAAGCUUUGUUAUUUAGCAUUUAAUUUAUUAAUUUUGUAUUUUCUCAUUGAUUCUUAACCUGCAUUUUUACGUUUUCUAAUUUAUGGGCGAUAGGCCGUGGCUAAUGGGCCCCUAACUGUCCUUAGUUUUUGAACUAACCCUACCUAAUGAGCGUUACGCCACUGACUAUUACUACAUAAUCUGACCCCAAACAUCACAUUGUAUGUAAUGUAGAUAAAUCAAUCAAGUGCUUUGACAAACUGGGAAAGACAGAUGGCACAAAGACGAAAACAACAAGGCAAUCUAGCUAGUACGUGGAAGAUUUCUUUUUUUAACUCUGUAAAAAUGUCCUUUGCACACGUAAAAAAUCUCAGAACUUGUCAACAGGAUGUGCUCGCAACAGGCUUGUAGCAAGUUUUAUUCAACAAGUUGUAACAGUGUUGUGAUUUUAUCAAGUUGCUGCAAGAUUGGACACUCACAAACUGUUAACCAAUUUUGAAUUGCAGGACGACAAUAAGUUGUUGGAACACAUUGUUACAAGUCUGUUGAAGUCAACAACUUUGUAGCAAAUUCUCAACAAGGUGGAAACAAGUCGUGCGAACACAUCCUGAUAACAAGUUGUUGAAACAGCAUUUGGUGCACGCCUAAAAAUCUCACAGCUUGUCAACAAGAUCUGUUCGCACUGCUUGUUCCCAGUUGUUGACUGAGUCUGGAACAAGUUGUUAUCACCUUGUUACAAGGUUGAUGAGGUCAACAGACUCGCAACAAGUUGUUUCAACAAGUCUGAUAUCGUCUGCACGUAACAAGUUGUUAACAACAAGCUCGUAAAAACUUGUUACGAACAGCCUGUAUUAGUCUUGUUGGAACAACUUGUGGCAAGUCUGUUACCGUCAUCAACCUUGUAACAAGGUGAUAACAACUUGUUCCAGACUUGUCACAACAACUGGGAACAAGCAGUGCGAACACAUCCUGAUAUCGGCUCGAAAACAACCUUGUUAUAACUUGUUUGGAGAUCUGUAACAACUUGCGCGUUAUUACGUGUGUACAACUCUGCGUGCUGCAGGUUUGUUACAAAUUGUGCUUGUUGUGACGGUUUAACGCAUGAUCAUCGUUAUAGUUAAGAAGCUGUCUUGUUAUUCUCGCUAGCCACACUGGCAUAAGACCGUUCCAGAUCAUAUUUCGACCAUCGUAUAGUUAGUGCCACUGACUAUAUAUAAACCCAAAUAUGAUUUUUUUUGGUUGGUAACAUUUGGGUCAUUUUAUAACAAGAAAUGUAAUCUCUUUAUCGUAAAAAACAAUCAACUUCACUGUCUAACUGUUACUGGAUAUGAUUUCAUUCGAUGGAUUUUAGCAGCAAAAUGCGAAGGAAAACUAAUUUGCGGUUUAUUUAAUGACUUUUUUAUUUAAAUUUUUUAUUUAAAUUUUUUAUUUAUUUUUAUUUUUAUAUUUUAUUUUAAUUCCUAUUCAGCAUCAGCUUUUACAGUGAAAAAGUUGACCAUGAUGAGGUUUUUCUGUAAAUAUAUGUUACAUAUCUUCUCAGAAUGACCCAAAUAUUACCCGUAAUAAAAAUCAUAUUUGGGGGCUUAAUUUAGUAAAUACUACAUAAUAUUGUGCUUACAGUAAUUUGUGACACUAUUUAGAAUUGUUACAUACAUCGACAGAAAUGUUAGGAAUGAAUCAGAAUGAAGAAUAUCGCGCCACCCAGGAAGAAAGGUUAGUGUAAAAAAAUUACUUUAUCAUGUGUAAUUUGAAACUGGAAAGACCUAGCUUGCUCAAGUAUUCGAGUCCCGUUCGUGUUUAUGCCGCUUGGACGUUGUUAAGAAAACGAGACUAACAAUUUUUCUGUGAACGUUCAUCCACUACAGGCAUCUAAUAGACAGAAGUAUUCAUUCAAAAGAUUAUGGGAAAGGAUGUAAGUUUGCCAAUCUCGUCUAUCAAUAAUAAUGUUCAAUGGUGAGCAAAAAAACUUUGCAUUUGUGUUUUUACUGGUUUUCUAUCAAGAUUUGCAUUAUUUUCUUCCGUUGUUCUAGAUCGAAUCGGAAGUGAAUUUUGGAAGCAGGCAGAACUGAUAGGGGAUGAUGAUACUGGAAUUCAGUAAGUUACGGGACAGUGUACAUGUCGGCCAGCCAGAAAUGUUAAGGGAAAAGUUUCUUACUUUUUAUAACAUAAAUUUUACACAAUAGCUUUUGUUAUAUAUUUGGAUAAAAUGAUAAAACUGCCAAAGCCCAACUUUCCAAAAUGGCUAGAAAUGCCAUUUCGGUCACCUACCGGUCACCAUGCUCUGUGAGCAGACAGGUAUCAUAAGGUGGCUGCCAGAGGCGCUCUUGGAAAGCCUUGGACUCCCUCAGGUUGAUGAUAAGCACCCCCCCCCCCACACUUACUAACUUGCGACCACCACUUGCUAACUUAGAACGUACGACCACGUACGCCCUCGUAUGGCAUUUCUGAAGCAUUUUCAAAACUUUGACCAUCAUGAUAAACCACCUUCUUCUUGACAGUAUGACGCUAACACAGACAGAACGAGGUUAUCCACCGGUGGUUGAAAACGUGGGCAAACCUGUUACCGUUAGAAGAGAAAUGGGUAAGUUAGUAACUAUAUUAUUUAGAUUAAAUAGAUGUUCAAAAUAACAAGAAGCACUUAAUCGUUUUAAAGAACUGGGACUGGUUGUAUAAAAAGUUAACUACAAUUAGUACGAAAGUUAACCAAUCAAAAUGCAGUAUUUUAGAGUAAAUUACUAUUUAGCGACAAAACUGUGGUUAAAAGAUAGUUAAGAAUUAUACAGCUGACCUCUGGCCUUUACAGGAGAUUGUGCAUGAGUACGGUGUAAGAAAGAGCUUUCAAACUCGUUAAUAACUGUGAUUUAUUCUUAUGAGAUGUCAUUUCAAAUCCUCCAGUAUGGACUGGACUGGAUUUCAAGUCCUUGAAAUCUAGUCCAGCCAUCAUAGUCGAAAUAUUACAUCCAGUAUAUGUAUAGGUUAUUUUGAGGCAACGAGGGGACAUAUGAUUUAUGCAUCGUGCGUAAAUUAUACAAUGGGCUAACUGCACAUUCAGUUUACUCUGCCCUGCAAAGCAAGACAAACUUUUGCUAAUUUCUCAUCCUGACCAAUUUUCAUCCAAGAUAAACCAAAAUUUAUUCAAUUUGUCCUUGGGCAAUGUCCAUAUUAGUUAUCGUGCAAGCAAGCAAACAAACAGGCAGGCAGGCAGGCAGGCAGGCAGGCAGGCAGGCAGGCAGGCAGGCAGGCAGACAGACAGACAGACAGACAGACAGACAGACACAUAGAAACGCGAAUGAAAACAUAACUUCCUGGCGGAGGUAAUAGGGGGUGGCUCUUACUUGACCUCUAGGAACUGAUAAAGCUAUCCAGUAAAAAUAAAGUUACUUAGUUUAGGAUUCCUCUUGUAGUAACACUGAUCCAAUAAGAUACCGCCCUUGUGCUGGCCUCUAGAAAGAACAGUUUAGAACUGAUAGGACUAUAACAUCUAUAAAUAAAGUUAGUUGCUAUAAAUAAAGUUAGUUUAUUUUGUGAUUCUCUCGAAAGGUAUUGAUUGGUCAGAUACGGAAUCAUAUCGCAGUACCCUGGUCCAUCAUCCCUGGAGGAAAUCUGAUUAUCUUCACAAGAGAAAGGAGGAACUGAAAGAAGUUAUCGAUGAACUAUGUCCACAUAAACCUGUAUGUAUUACUCAGACACCUACGCGGCUAUAGCAAAAGUUGGACAACUCUAAUACGGACAUCGAAGGGAUACAGUAGUCUCCGUAUUAGAGAAUAAAAUACGAAAAUUAUGUUGUCGAAACAUUGGAACCUGUUAGAAAGGUGUCCGUAUUUAGUAGUUCUACUUAAUACGUAUUAAGUAUUCAGUUACAGCUAUAGAACUGUCCGUAUUAGAGACGUGUCCAUAUUAGACAGGUGUUUUCAUUAGAGAGGUGUUUGUAUUAGAGAGUUAUACAUCUUAGAGAGUUAUCCGUAUUAGGGAAGUGUCUGUAUUAGAGAGAUGUUCGUAUUAGAGAGGUAUUCGUAUUAGAGAGAUGUCCAUAUUAGAGAAGUAUCCGUAUUAGGGAGGUGUCUGUAUUAGAGAGUUGUCUCUAUUAGAGAGUUAUCCAGAUUAGGGAGGUGUCUGUGUUAGACAGUUAUCCGGAUAGGGUAGUGCCUGUAUUUUUAUCCUUUAUAUCUCACAGUUGUGAACUUGGGUGGAAUUAGUCACAUGGUAUUUUAUUUCUGUUGCUAGUAUCUUCAAGAACUGGAGGUGAUAGGUCAAUCAUUGGACAAUGAAAUGACAACUUCAUCAAAUAAUCAAGACAGCCCCACGACAAGAAUGGAUUCUUUAACUCCGCAGUUUGACGAAACCUCACACGAAGAAAUGUAAGUUGGAUUAACCUUGACAUAGCAAUCGCUAAAGUCUUCUUUGAAAUUAUUUUUCAUGUUUACUCUAUGCCAACGACGUCGUAACCUCUGGUCAACAUGCGCCCAUCGCAAUUUAAUAAUAUUAAUAAAAAUGUAUUCAAGCACGGUGAUUUCAUCAGGAUUUCUAUGAAAUUUACAAACAAAUUAAUUACGGUACAAUUAAAAAAGUUGCACAGUCAAGCAGUUAUCAAAUAUGUCACAGAAGUGGUAAAGGACAUGUGUGACAACUGAAUGGUAUCCUUUUCUUACGUUUUUGGCCAGGAGUGGGUAUUUAUUUUUAAUUGAUAUUUAAGGUUGGGUCAAAAUAUUUGUACCUAUUAAUGAUUGAAUCAGCAAAAAUUUUACUAUAAAGAAAAAUCGUCCUCUUCGGUGCCACCCCGCCGCCAUAAAUAAUAACCGGUCCCUUAUAUCAACUUUUCUAAAUUUCUAGCGAUCCUCUAUCGAUGCUUCCCGAUGUUUACCCUCAGCCGAUAUUUGGCCCAUCUCUAAUGAUUGCCGGUCGUUCCGCUGCUUGGAACGGCUCAACUAACAAUAGAGUUGGUGAAAUAGGACUCUCAUGUCGUGUGUUACUGGAAGCAAAGGUCAAAGAAAGAGUCGUGUCCACUUUGGAUGUUCAAAAUAAUGGAACAGCAGCUAUAUAUUAUUCGUGGAUGGUAAAAAGUCCUAUUAUAACUAUCGUGCAUUGCGUAGUAAUUUUGCCAGUAGAACUCUGCUAUCUCGAACAUGCAAGAGAAACAGAAAAAAAUUCUAGAUCCGAGCGGUAGUUAGAGAUAUAAUCUUAAGUCAUUUAUUUUUCUUUCAUUCAGUAUGUUCCAAUGCAAAACACACUGGGUACAAGUUUAGCUGGUCAACAGCAAAGGUUCUACUUCGACAAAAACAGCGGUAAGUUUUUUACCAACCCUGACGAUGACGAUUUCCCUAACUUUUCUGUUAGAAGCGAAGUGGUGAUAAAAUGUCCCCACACUACAAUGUGUAUAAAGAAGUAAUCCAGUUUUCGAGUGCUCGUGUGCGCUUAAUAUUGAGUGCACAGAUUGAUGAUAGCUUUCGAAUGACACAUUGUUGGUAUUAUUUUGAGCAAAAAUGACCGAAUACAAGCCAAUUGAAAAUUGCUACUUGAAAUCACAAUUUCCACCUAUGUGCAUAUAUCAUUAAAGCAGUGUAGAACAAAAGAAAAAACAAUUAAUCAUCUAAUAUGUCAAUAAGCUGCUUACAACAGCAGUGACUAGAUGUUACUUAGGGCUUUUGAAAUUAACAUUCAUGAAUCUUAGAUCCAAAUAGCCGGCGAGGCAGGCUCUGCCAAUAGUUUUUCACCAAUGCGAUUUCCGCUUGCAAUUUUUAUUCGCUUCGUAUUUGGCCAUUCUAUCGAUUAUAAUAAUACAAAAAAGCUAUCAUUGGACAGCUGAAAGCCUGAAUUCUCUUGCUGCGUAAAAAUGUUAUCGACAAACUUUGUGUCUAAUACCUUUUUAUAUCCACAUGACACUGUACGAACCUAAGCAAAAACUGUCAUUUUCUCUAGGUGUAAUUCUCCCUGGCGAUACGUUAAGAUUUCCUUUCACAUUCAAGUCGACCAAUCCCGGGAUGUUUUGCGAACAAUGGCAGUUGGACACGCAGCCUAGCCUCAAUGGUGGGGCGGCUAUCCGAGUCUUGCUUAAAGGACUGGCACUACAAGAUGACUUGAAUGCGGAGAAGCGAGCCGCGCUUGAGAAAGAACUUGGUCAGCGGCAAAUGAAACAGAUUGUCCAGAGUAUUAUUAAUGAGAUAUUAGAUGGUGUACGAAGUCCUGAGAGGUCUGCUAGCCCAGUGGAUGCUUAUAUUACGGUAUGUUCGUGGCUUGCAUGAUGUAAAAUCGGCAAAAAUAUCCAUCCAGGCCAGGUGGGAUAAACUCUUCAUUUCCAAUGUGGAAAAUUUUAUUCUACUUGACUGAGAUCCCACCUAGCCGGGCUGACUCGACAGUUUCUUAGGGAGCGGUCAUUAUUUAUGGCGGGGGUGGCACCGAAGAGAAAAGGGUUGGGUAAACAACAUUUUGAGUGAGUAAAAGGUUGGGUAAAUGAAAAAAAAAACAACUGAAGGGUUGGGUAAUAAAAAUUUAUUUUCAUUUCCAAACCAUGAUUCACUCAAAAAGACAAAAAGCAAUAUCAACAGUCAUAUGUCAAUACAACAUGUAAAUCAAUCAGAGUCACUAUCCUGAUCAUUUUUCGAUCUGUCACCAGGCAAAUGGUGUCUCCAAAGAAAGUACAUGUGCAGACAACAUGAAACUUUAGUUACCAAAUUCAUGUCACAGAAGUGGGGAAAGACAUGUGUGACAGCUGAAUGGUAUCCUUUUGUAACGUUUUUGGCCAGGGAUGGGUAUUUAUUUUUUGACUUUUUAUUGGUUGGAUCAGCAAAAUUUUUGCUAAGAAAAACAUUUCUCUUCGGUGCCCCCUUCCCACACACACACACCACAAAUAAUGAUCGCUCCCUCAUAUGAACAUAAAUUGAAUUUUAUAUGCACUCACGGGAGUUUCCCAGUUAGCUGGGUUCGUAUGAAAAUGGAAACGAGGUUCACUGGACAUCUACAAGCCCUGAGGAACUACUGCACUGAAAUGUUUGUUUGUACUUUAGGAUGAAGAGUUGUUCAUACGAAGGAAUCCAGAGGUGUGUAUGAAUCUUGUGCGUUGUUUGAGUCUUUUGCUAUUAUAGCUGUGUCCUGCAUUUUAAGUACUAGAUAAAACAUGAGCAGCCGUGUUGUAUCGGAUAUACAAACUCGUGCGCGAGAGUUUGUACAUCCGAUACAACACGGACGCGAAUGUUGUAAAUGGCUUGUGAAACGUCUUGAUCAGAACAUUCGUAUUCUUCAACAAUUUAAAAUAAAUGAAUGAUAUUUGGUGAGAAAAUUGAAAACUUGAAGUUUAUGCAAAUCAGCAUGAUUCUGUAUCAGAUAUGCAAACUCCUUCACAGUCAUGAUUUCUUUUGUGUCUUCUUCGUGAAUUUUUAACGAGUUUCACAAUUAACUUCAUUGUUUAGAUGUUUUACGACGAAGAAAUUUUCGAAGAAUUAAAACAGUUGUAUCUGGACAUUGAGCCCGAAGGGGAAUGGGACUUAAGCCUGUCUUCUUUACGCCAGGUAAUGAAAAGAUAUCAAAGUUCCCUCUAGGUUUCUACACUUCUUUUUGUUUACCUUAAUGGGUCCGCCGCUCAUGUACGCGGAUACCAAUAAUCUCUACCCCCAUCCUGAUUUGCUGUGUGAAAAACACCACUUAAUUUGCUUUGCAAGGCUUUCAAUCCAUGCAUAACCCAGGACCUUCAUAACAGGAACCUCAAUUAGGACGGCAACGCUAAAAAGACGGCAAACAAACUCGUUGAACUGAACGAUUAUGAAGAAAACCUGUUGUUUACUAUCCAUCGUAACCGAUUAUUAUUUGUGACGGGGGCGAUCAAUUGCCUCCUUGCUUCCUAUAAUUACGGUGCAGUUCAUAGUUUUUGAAGUGUUAAAUUUAAAGCUGUUUCUUGUCAGAUGCCCGCACUAUAAGCCUUGCUUAAGUUCACUAAUAUGGUCUGAUGAAACAAACAGCAAACUGCAAAUUACAGUCCAGAUUUAUAGACUCAUUGCACCAAGAAACGCACAGCAGAAAUUUGCAUAUACCGCAUUUCCUCUAUGACAUAUUGUCAGACCAAAUUCUCAGCAUUAUACUGAGCUUUGCUGUCUCUAUUGAUCGUUGUUUAGUUGAUAAUGUUAAGUCAAUAUGAAGACGAUGAAAAAAUGGAUGGAUAUCUCAGUAGACUCAAUGAACACGUCAAGAAAUUGGCGUUCGCUCAACGUGUUCCUAUCAAGGAGGAAAUGUACAGCACAUGGUAAGCCAAACUUAGAUUACUAAAUUCACUGAGUUUUUUUUCUUCUUGAAGAUAUUAUAGAAUUUAAGUUUAUCCAUAAGUUUAAAGCUACCGAGUUUAACAUCCGAAACCUUUUUGCUGGUUUAAUUAAACAAGCAGAUAAUUUCUCAAAACGAGCUUUAAAUAUAGCGGUGCUUAUCUUUGGAAUAACGUUCCGCUUGAAGCUAAGCAAGCUCAAUCGAUUUACUUAUUUAAAAAAUGUAUAAAACAAAAUAUUCGAUGUUAAUAAUCGAGUCUGGAUUCUUUAAUCAUCUUUAUCUGGGACACACCACCGUAAAUUAUAGUAAGUUUUGAUAAUGUGCACAUAGUAGUUGACUUAGUUUCCUUCUUUUCAUAUUCUUUGUAAUAUUUUUAUAUGGACGCUCCCCCCCCCGUGAAAAUCAACUUUUGCAGUUGUUGGGGCUAGCAUCGUUAAAUGAAGUGUGUAAUAGUAUUAAUAAAAAUGAAGUAAUAGAAUGCUAUUCCCCGGACGAAUUGCAUUCACACGAUCCAAAGUUUCGACACUCCAGUCUGGUGUCUUCAUGCAAGUUUAUAUAAUAUGAGAAAUGUUUUUGCUGCUUUCAGUAACAGAAUGCAAUCCCCCGAACAAAUUGCAUUUAUGAUCCAAAGUUUCGACACUCCAGUCUAUAGUGUCUUCGUGCAAGUAUAAUUAUUUGUUAUAAUAUGAGAAAUGUUUCUGCUACUCCUUGCAGUUACAUGAUGUUAUGUGAGCUGGUCGACAAUCUUGUCACUAAAUCUGAUAUGAUGCGCAGUUCUAUGGGAUUACCGCUGAAAGAUAUGAUUGAAGACACCGCCGUGGACGAAGGUAUGUAGUAUAAUAUGUUCAAUUGUGAAAAAUGUUGCGCAAUUUCAUUGCAUAUAUUGCAUUCCGAGAAAUAACUUAUUGUCAAAUUUAUGUAAACCGUCUGUAAAAUGAAUCCUAUCUGCGCUAGCCCUAGUUUUUGGCAAAGAAUUUGACUCUUUUGGUGCUAAGCUCGUGUUUAACUGUGUAGAUUGUAACUGAAAGAAAGAGAUUUUUAAGGAUAACUUAGCCUUUUAUAACUACCGACGCGUGUUAUGCGGAAGCUUGUCAUUCCAAGUGAUACGACAAAUAAUUCUUUACUUUUUUAGCGCCUGACAAGAAAUCGAGAAAGACUGAUCCAGGUCGCCUUACUGUCGACAAAAAAGACGGCAGGAAGGACAAGAAAGGCUUAGUAAGAUUCACAGCUACUACUGCAUUAUGGGAUAGCAAAUUAUAAUCAUGAUAUUACGCCCGUUUCAAAAUUACGCGACCAGGCCAAAAAUAACUAAGAGUUGACAUGCCAGUUUUAUGUCACACGGUCACGAAGUUCAAAUUGUUUACAACUUUGAGUUUCGUGAAUAAAACUGACAUUUGAACUGAGUUUAUUUUCGGGUGGGUCGCGUAAUUUUGAAAAUGCGUGUAAUAUUUACACGCAAAACAACCUCUAUGCUACCUCUAUACUCUAACUCCAGUUUAUAAAUUAAAAAUCUCUUUAUUUUUCAGAUAAUCUUUUAAUAAUUUAACACAAUAUAAUGAACCUAACGUUAAAUGGAUAGUUUUCACUGCUAUCACAACACUUAGUUAAAAUUUCCUAGUUAACGUGAAAAUGUUCCUAUAUUUGGAUUAACUUAAUAUUCCUGGUUACAUUUCCCGGUUUCAUUUCCUACCAUCGUCUGGUUAAUGUAACCAGAACGGGCAGGAGUGCGUAUAUUUGACCAGGAUGUCCUUGGUAAAGUAACCAGACUACGGUAGGUGGAUGUAUAGUAUAACCAGAGCUCCUGGUAAUUUAUACACCUAGUAUCAUAGCCUGGUUAAUUUAAAGGCCAACUCUGGGAUGGUAAGUCCUUGAAAAUCAGUAUAGAAGUCCUUGAAAGUACUGGAAUUAAUUUCCUUAACCUCCAGUUGUGCCAAGAUUAGUGAUUUUGAUUAAAAUUACUGAAUAAAGUGAAUUAGGUUUACGGCAAAUCCGUGCCAUUUUCAAACAUUUUUCACAGUUCUAUCCCUUCGAUGUCCUUGAAUUUGCUGAAAAAGGGCCUUGAAAGUCCUGGAAAAGUCCUUGAAUUUCACCUUCACCAACGGGUGGACACCCUGAACUCGCCUAAACUCACCGCGAGAUAAUGCGAGUUUAGGCGAUUUAAGGUAAAUUUCGAUCAAUCAUAACCCGCGAUUUAAGGCUGUUUAAAUUAAAAGGGAUUUUAUGGGAUUUACCAUCUCAAAAACAGGCAUGGCCAACUCUGGAACGGUAACUCGCCUAAACUCGCCGCGAGACAAUGCGAGUUUAGGCGAUUUAAGAAAACUUCGGCUAAUUAUAAGCCGCAAUUUAAGGUGAGUUCACGCGGUUUAAGGCGACUUAAGGCGAGUUACCAAAUCCAAAGUAGGCCUAACUUAACUGGGAAGUCCUAGUCAGAUUAACCAGACUAUAAUAAUCAGGAAUAUUAUAAGGUAAUAAUCAGGAAUAUUAUAAGUUAACCCAAAUAGGGUUAUUUCCAAGCUAACCCGGAACAUUUUAACCAGACUGUUUUUAGGGUAUAAGACAUGCAACGGUAAAAAAGAUAAAGUGUAAGUUAAGAAUUAUCAGUGUUAACGGGCCUGAAAAUAAUUUUAUUGCGAUAAAAGCUUAAAAAGUUAACUUAUUAACAACUAACAACUAAUACAGAAUAAUUUAAAUGUUACUAAUCAUUUCUUAAAUGCUGAUAAUUGUUUCUAAUUACAUAAUUUGUAACACAAUUUAAAUAUUGAACAAUAAUGAGUUUAAUAAAAGUUUUACAAUAAUAUAAUUUAAUUAAGAACUAUAUAUACUAGGUGAACAUAUAAACUCUAAAUUGUAAAUAAUGUUAACCCUUGUCAAAAUGUGUAUAUGCUAUACAGUUUAUAUGUUAAUAUUGUAUACUUUAAAAUGAAAAUUAAAUUUAUAUGAACUAAUCUUAACACCAACCUAAAUUUUGCACAGGUUAUAUUUUACACGAGACUGCUCAAGUGAUGGGUCGUGUAUGAUCUUAAAUUGCGGUUGCCAUAGAGUAUUUUAAUUAAAUACAAAUAUAGACACUCUGUCAAUUGUUAACAUUUUUCAUUCUCGACUAUACAUUGAAGAUUAUCCUGCGGAUGACUUAAAUGUAUAGUCGAAACGUAUAGAGAAGGGAAGCACUGAUGAAGAUCCGGGCUUACGGAUCGAAAGCUCUGCAGUAAUAAAUUUACGUGUGUUUCGACAAACAAAACUAUUAUAUAAUUUACGGAGUGUUAUUGUUUUGUGUUUAAUUAAAAUGUGUGAUCUUAAUUGGUGUGUAUAUUUUAAUUCUUCAUUAUUACAUUAUAUUUGUGUUUGUUAAAUUUUCCAAAAUGUUGCAUCAAUUUCCACAUUAAUUGACAAGCUCAAUUUAACUACCGUCCUAAUCCCAACCCUAAUGCUAAUCUUAACUUAACUUAACCCUAAUCGUAAUUUUAAUCCUAAAAUCUUAAUCCCCCUUCUUGGGUCAUGGAAAACCAGUGGAAUCUCAAAAUCCCGGCCUGGGAGUCCUGGAAAAUCCGUUUUAGUCAUGGCAAGUCAUGGAAAAUUAGGAAUUUACGUGAAAAAUGUUUUACUUAUUCUCCAUUUAUCAGUCGAGAAAAAACAUGAAUUGUGAUAAAUAUUUUUGCGAGAAAAUUGUUGACGAUAUUUUCUAUAAGGUAUAUCAUCCAUGUUAUAUGGAAAGUCACCCAAAAUAAUUCAUUUUAUGCAAUUGGAUCCUGUCAGCUUUGUUCAUUUUUAUCUUAGGAUAGACCAGUUUCAUCACACAAACUUAAAACACCGAAUGAAAAGACAAGGCCUACAAGAGGUAAAGACUAUAUUAAAGUAUAUUAAACGACAGUUAUUGAAUGAUAUGAGGACUUUUCAAGCCCGAAAUUUGUUGAUAACAAAGUGAGAGUUUGAUAAUAUUUCAUAUCUUGCGAAAACCGAAUUCAAUAAUUGUUUUAUUAUCUAUUUACAAGAUGAAAAAGACAUCGAUGGGGCUUCAAUUCGUCGAAAUAAUCACGUGUUAUCAUGUCACGUUGAAUAUUAUGUCAAAAAUCCUUAUUAAUUUGGUCAGCUAUUGAGUUCAUAGUUGACGAUUUCACAGUUAGCCAAUAAUAAUGAUUUAUUUACAUAUUUAAUGUGAGUCAGAAGAAAAGUUAUGGUUGGUAUCAAUUAAAACAUAUCAGCACUACUUUAUUGACGAUAAUUUUACUUUUAAAACUUAGAGUUUUUGUUCGUGCAUUAGAUUUGUAUGUUGAACUUCAGUUCAAAGGUCUUGAGGCCUACAUCACAAUUAUCAGAGACAUUACUCUGUGAACAGGCUCCCUGUGAAAAUAGUGGAUCUUCUGACGGAAUAGUACAUUAUUUUCAAAAUCACUAAAAUCUGCCAUUCCGGAGAAAGAAAAAUCGAUGUUAAGAAGUUAUUUUAUCUCACAGGAAGUUCCAGCGCUCAAUCAAAAUUAUCAACUGAAGAUGCUCAGGAGCAAGUUAAUGUAAGUCUGUUCCUUCAACUUUAUCUCGAAACCAAAAGGGAAAUCACAAACAAACAAAACAAACAAAACAAAACAAACAAAACAAAACAAAACAAACAAGCAAGCAAGCAAGCAAACAAACAAACAAACAAACAAACAAACAAACAAACAAACAAACAAACAAACAAACAAACAAACAAACAAACAAACAAACAAACAAACAAACAAAUUUGAAUAUCUAAACAAACAAACAAACAAACAAACAAAUUUGAAUAUCUCGAUAUCUGCUUCAUAAACAAACAAACAAAUUUGAAUAUCUCGAUAUCUGCUUCAUAAAACCCAAAAGUCUAAAAAUGUCAAACUGUUGUUCACCUGAAUUAUUUGAAAACAGUAUCCAGCCAUUUUAAAUAUACAAACGGGGGACCACAAGCAUGCAUAUAGGUAAUGUCUUAUCUUAUCUUUCAAACGUACACAUUUAUCUUCAAACUUGCCUUUAUCUUCAACCUUUUUUGCGUCAAAGCGCUAACACAUGCGUCGACUUAUUUUCCACAAUCACGACAAAUUUUAACAUUCCAACACUUUCUGUUUUAGAACUUCGUUGUCACUUUAUCAGACUCGUCUACAGAGCAGCCAGUUAAUUUGCUCAGAGAAGAUCAAUAUAAAGAGAAGUAUUUUGCCCAGG